UAGAGGUUAUAAAAGGGCUAACUGGCUCCCUCUGCUGCCCAGUCGUGCCGUCAGUGGGCUGAGGGUAGGGAGCAGGUAGCCGGCCAGAGUGCCGGCGGCAGGGGCACUGAAGAGCGCGCCGCCCUCCUGUCCCACGUUCCAGGUGUGUCAACCUGUAAAAUUAAGUCCUCCGAGAUGAUCUGGUGUAUUUUAAUUGUAGGGAUUCUACUUCCCCCAUCUUUGGCCCAUCCAGGCUUUUUUACUUCAAUUGGUCAGAUGACUGACUUGAUCUAUACUGAGAAAGACCUAGUGACUUCUCUGAAAGAUUAUAUUAAGGCAGAAGAGGACAAAUUAGAACAAAUAAAAAAAUGGGCAGAGAAGUUAGAUCGGCUAACCAGCACAGCGACAAAAGAUCCAGAAGGAUUUGUUGGGCAUCCUGUAAAUGCAUUCAAGUUAGUGAAACGUCUGAACACUGAGUGGAGUGAGUUGGAGAAUCUGGUCCUUAAGGAUAUGUCAGAUGGCUUUAUCUCUAACCUAACCAUUCAGAGACAGUACUUUCCUAAUGAUGAAGAUCAGGUUGGGGCAGCCAAAGCUCUGUUGCGUCUCCAGGACACCUAUAAUUUGGACACAGAUACCAUUUCAAAGGGUAACCUUCCAGGAGUAAAACACAAAUCUUUUCUAACAGCCGAGGACUGCUUUGAGUUGGGCAAAGUGGCCUAUACAGAAGCAGAUUAUUAUCAUACUGAACUGUGGAUGGAACAGGCCCUAAGGCAGCUGGAUGAAGGCGAGGUUUCUACCAUAGAUAAAGUCUCUGUUCUAGAUUAUUUAAGUUAUGCAGUAUACCAGCAGGGAGACCUGGAUAAGGCACUUAUGCUCACAAAGAAACUUCUUGAACUAGAUCCUGAACAUCAGAGAGCUAAUGGUAACUUAAAAUAUUUUGAGUAUAUAAUGGCUAAAGAAAAAGAUACCAAUAAGUCUGCUUCAGAUGACCAAUCUGAUCAGAAAGCCACACCGAAGAAAAAAGGGGCCACUGUGGAUUACCUGCCAGAGAGACAGAAGUACGAAAUGCUGUGCCGUGGGGAGGGUAUCAAAAUGACCCCUCGGAGACAAAAAAAACUCUUUUGUCGCUACCAUGAUGGAAACCGAAAUCCUAAAUUUAUUCUGGCUCCAGCCAAACAGGAGGAUGAAUGGGACAAGCCUCGUAUUAUUCGCUUCCAUGAUAUUAUUUCUGAUGCGGAAAUUGAAAUUGUCAAAGAUCUAGCAAAACCAAGGCUGAGGCGAGCCACCAUUUCAAACCCAAUAACAGGAGACUUGGAGACGGUACAUUACAGAAUUAGCAAAAGUGCCUGGCUCUCUGGCUAUGAAAACCCUGUGGUGUCUCGAAUUAAUAUGAGAAUACAAGAUCUAACAGGACUAGAUGUUUCCACAGCAGAGGAAUUACAGGUAGCAAAUUAUGGAGUUGGAGGACAGUAUGAACCCCAUUUUGACUUUGCAAGGAAAGAUGAGCCAGAUGCUUUCAAAGAGCUGGGGACAGGAAAUAGAAUUGCUACUUGGCUGUUUUAUAUGAGUGAUGUGUCUGCAGGAGGAGCCACUGUUUUUCCUGAAGUGGGAGCUAGUGUUUGGCCCAAAAAAGGAACUGCUGUUUUCUGGUAUAAUCUGUUUGCCAGUGGAGAAGGAGAUUAUAGUACACGGCAUGCAGCCUGUCCAGUGCUAGUUGGAAACAAAUGGGUAUCCAAUAAAUGGCUCCAUGAACGUGGACAAGAAUUUCGAAGACCAUGUACAUUGUCAGAAUUGGAAUGACAGACAGGCUUCCCUUCCUCUCCUGUUGUUCUCUAAUGUGUCUGAUACACACAUUCCCUCGUCUUACCUUUCAAGCGUUUACAAUUGACUAACACUCCAUGAUUGAUUCAGUCAUGAAUUCAUCCCAUGUUUCAUCUGUGGACAAUCACUUAUUUUGUGGGUUUUUUUCUUUUAAGAGUAACACUAAAUCAUCACAUUGUAUAUAUAAAACCUUAAAGUUCAGUUGGUAUCUCAGAAGACAUAGGAAUUUUUGAUUUUAUGUUAUACUUUAAAGAACUUUUUGGUUGGAUAAAAAAUAUAAUUUAAGCAUCCGAUUUCAGUAUUUCUCUACAUCUCAGUUGGUGGGUAGUAGACUAGAAUGGACCAUGGGAUUAGGAAACAGAUGCCUCACAGUAGGUAAGUAGGCAUUAUGUUACCUAGUCUUCCUCCGUUUAUUUUCUGGGUCUGCCUGAAGACUAGUAAUAUACUGGGACUCUAGUCUGGGUUCCAUAUAGUGUUUGCCCCUCCAUACACUAUUCUACUGUGGUGAAUUAAACCUGUUUGACUUAAAUACAGUAUUUUGAUUAAAAAAACUUUUUUAAAAGAAAGUUCUGCAUAACAACACUGGCCCUUCUUAACUAAAAAGCUCAUCACUUAGUCUGUUUCUUUCUCUUUUUUCUUAAGUGACUAAUGAUUUUGUCCAGAAAUUUUGCUGUUUUUCUUAGUGCUACUACUAUCUUGCCUCUUAUUCCUGCUACAGCAGGGUGGUGAUAUUGGCAUUCUGAUUAAAUAAAUAUCGUGCCUUAGGAGACUGGAAGCUUUAAAAUGUACAGGUCCUUUCAAUAAGAGAAUUGAUCACAAGAAAAAAGUAAUCUUUUUCUUAAAAAGCCAAAAUGUUUUUUAAAAUUCUGAAAUGUGUUGUAACAACAAUGACCUAUUUAUGAUCUUAAAUCUUUUUUUAAAAAUGU